CAUUCAGAGGGUCAUACUCCAUCCACACUCCUUCAACAGAGCGCAGUGGCGCAUUUUUGAAUUUACGGAUAUCUAACCGAUAAUCUAUAUCCAAAGACGAGAAUGUCGGGACUAGUUCGUUCUCUUAAUCUUCUGAGGGGUACACUGAGCCAUCAGAUAGUCCCCAGAGCCAAUAUUUCGGCCAAACCAGCAAAACAUGUAGUGACAACAGGGGAGCAAGCCUUUGUGAUGGUGACCAUGUUCGUCACAGUCUUGGGGCCUUCCGGUUGGGUGCUGGCACACUUAGAAGACUACAAGAAACGACAAUAACUCAAACCUGCGCAAUGUCUGUCCGCGCGCAUUCCUACCAAACGGAACCUGUUUAAUUACUGUCAAAUAAACGGAUAUACCUCUGAAAA